AUGGCCGUAGAAAGAGCUAAACAAAUGAUAACCGAUGUUAUCACGAGGGCAGCAUCGCGACCCUCAGCUCAGAAUUUCACAGCUAAUGAUGGACGUGCAAUCACCGUUGAAAUGAGCAUACCGGCUACAAAAUGUGGUCUUGUUAUUGGUAAAAUGGGUGAAACCAUCAAGCAGCUUCAGGAGCAAGCUGGGUGCAAAAUGGUAAUGAUACAAGAUUCACAAGAAGUUACUGGUCAAGCAAAGCCUUUACGUAUAACUGGCGACCCAGAGAAAGUUGAAAUAGCUAAGCGUCUUGUAACUGAUUUGAUCAACUCACGAGAAGAUAAUGGAACCAUACCGCGGCUGUAUUCUGAACAGGCCACAGCAAAAGGAGAGGUAGUUGUUCCUCGUGCUAGUGUUGGGAUGAUCAUAGGUAAAGGAGGCGAGACCAUCAAGAGGCUUGCUAUGGAGACAGGAACAAAAAUUCAGUUCAAAGCUGACGAUGACCCCACAUCUCCUGAUCGAUGUGCUGUUAUUAUGGGCUCAAGAGAGCAAAUAUAUAAAGCUACUGAACUUAUCACAGAGUUGGUACAUAAGAGCUGUAGCGGUAAUAUGAUGACCGGUCAGACAGAGGCUUUUUAUAUGCACGUUCCAUCCAACAAGACGGGUCUCGUUAUAGGUAAAGGUGGAGAGACAAUCAAGCAGAUCAACGCGGAAAGUGGUGCACAUUGUGAAUUGUCUCGCGAUCCUCCACCGAAUCCCCAGGAAAAGGUGUUUAUAAUCCGUGGCACACCAUAUCAAGUUCAUCAUGCACAACAUAUUAUUCGAAUCAAGGUCGGCGACAUCGCUCCGGGCACCCCUGUGCCUCCUUUCACCGGCGCUGGAGCACCAAACGGUAGUAACUUUAGUGUCUCACAGUAUAAUGGACAGUACGGUGCUAGCCUUUGGAAUAAUACUUAUGGUAUAUUUGGUUGA